GUUUAUGAGAAAUUUCUACUGCAGCUUCUUUGUGUGUAUAUUUCUAACCUGAAAACUCGUGGGAGUCUGGGUUGGCACUUGGAGUCUUUAAAUCUUUUGUGGAAUUAAUCAAUUUAUAACUUUAUUUGAGACCUUCUUUUUAAAAAAAUUAAGUAAAACCGUCAAGAUGGGGAAGUUUAAGAAGGGGCCUCAAAGGAAAGCACCUCCCAAACCGCCCAUCCAGAAGACUAGAAAAGAAUUACGGAAGGAGCAGAGGAAAGAGAAGAAACUUCGACGAACCAUGAGAAAUCAGAGGAAGCAACCAGAACCCGAACCCGAAAAGACCAACAGCACUAAGGACAUUAAAAACAAUCGCAAAGGUCCGCAACAUGCAAAACAAUCACAGCCCAAAUUAAAUAAACUUGGAAAUGAUGAGAAGUCUCGGCAGAAAAAAAUCGAAUCACAGAUGGGAGCUAAUCGUAAAAAGCAGCUUCUCGCAGCUAAUGAAGACGAAGACCGUCACAUCCGUCAUCUAGAGAAGCUUUUGAAGAUUAAUCAGAGAAGACGUGGUAAAGCCAAGCCAAAUGGAAUACCAAAGUCUUUCAAAGAGGAUGGUCUUGGUUAUUUGCUGGAAGUAUGCGACCCAGAGACAUUGAAGGAUAGCGCCAGAGUAGAUCAAGUUCUGCAGGACUCAGGCUCUGAGUUUGAAGAGGACUUUGCCAUAGUUAAGGGAAAAGAAAAAGAGAAAGCCCCAAAGGGGAAAAGCAAAGACAGAAAACCGCAAAGUUCUGCCAUAGUAAGUGAUGAAGAUGAUUCAGGAAGUGAUUUUGGACUAGGAGUAGAUGAUGGCUCUGAUGACGGCGCUUCUGAAGAUGAGAACAUGUCAGAGAAUGGAGACAUACUUGAUGAUAUGUCAGGUGAUGAUAUGUCAGAUGCUGCCGACAUGUCAGAUGAUGGUGACAUGUUGGAUGAUGGAAGUGAGAGUGAUGCCAGUGAGAUUGCACCCACUUCAAAGGCUGCUAAGCAAUCUAAAGCUGCCUCUCAGUCCAAGAAAAAAAGUGUUUCAUGGAGUGAGGAUGUGCAGCAGAAUCCAGAGAGCAGCAAGAAAGGAAAAGACAGCAACUCAUCCAUUGCUAAUAAGAAGAAGAGAGAAGAUAGUUACGAAAACAAAGAGGAUGAGGAAGAGGAGGAUUGGGAUGGUGAUGAUGGUGGUGGUGAUGGUGGCGAAGACAAUGAGGAUUUUGACUCUGAUGAAUCAAUGUGUGAGGAUGAUGAUGAUCAGGAUGAUGUUAAAAGAAAUAAAAGUGAAUCAAGGAAAAAUCCAGAUGGUACUUGGGAGGACAUCUAUGGGCGAACAAGAGACAAAGGUGGCAAUGUCAUUGAUGCAACCCCUGGAAAAUACAUUCCUCCUGCCUUAAGGGCAAAGAUGCAAGGGAACGAGGAUGAAAAGAGGAAGGAAAUCCUUUCCAGACUUCGAAGGCAAAUGAAGGGUCUUCUCAACAGAUUGGCUGAAAAUAAUAUGACAAGCAUCUGUAAUCAGAUGGAUGAGCUGUACAUGAAAAAUAGUCGAAAUGACAUGAAUGAAACUCUCUUGACCCUUUACAUGGAAGCACUUGUUUCCACUGUUCUCACCCCGGAGCGGUUAGUCAUGGAACACAUGCUUCUUAUAGCUGUUCUCCAUGCAAAUGUCGGCUCUGAAGUUGGAGCACAUUUCCUUCAGAGUUUAAUGAAUAAAUUUGAUGAAAUGCUUGGCAUUUCAUCAGAAGUGGAGAACAAAGAAUUAGACAAUGUGAUAUUAAUUUUGUCACACUUGUAUAACUUUAAAAUAUUUAGUGCAUCUCUAAUGUAUGAAGUUAUGGACAGGAUAGCUGAAGUUCUAGACGAAAAAAGAAUUGAAUUGUUGCUUGUAGUUCUUCGCAGUGUAGGAUUUUCAUUGCGUAAGGACGACCCUCUUGCUUUGAAAAAUCUGAUCCUUAAGGUUCAGGAAAAAGCAUCAAGUAGUUCAGCUGCUUCCAGCGCCAGCAGUCGAGUCAGAUUUAUGUUGGAUAUUUUAAUGGCUAUAAAAAAUAACAAUGUAUCAAAAAUUCCAAGCUACAGCCCAGAGCACAUAGAACAUCUUAAAAAACUUAUGCGAACUCUGAUUAGACGAGGCAAUUAUGUUGCUGAGCUGAAGAUUACCCUUGAAGACCUGCUGAAAGCUGAUGAACGAGGACGAUGGUGGAUUGUGGGCUCAGCAUGGACUGGCCAUUUACCUGGAGAAAAUCCAGAAUCCAACCAAAACUCUUUAUCUGAAGACACCACUAAAUCCGUAAAAUCCUCUGAUAAAUACAGUGCACAGCUUUUGGAAUUGGUGAGAAAGCAGCGAAUGAACACAGGAGUCCGCAAAGAUAUAUUCUGUAUCCUUAUGUCUGCAGAAGACUAUUUGGAUGCAUUUGAGAAGCUUCUUCAUCUCAACCUGAAAAAUCAACAACGACAAGAAAUAGUUGCUGUACUGUUUGAUUGCUGUCUUCAAGAAAAAUCGUUCAAUCCUUACUAUGCGCACUUGUCCCAAAAGUUCUGUGAAUUUGACCGGCAGUAUCAGAUGAAAUUUCAAUAUUGCCUGUGGGACAAGCUUAAAGAACUUGAUAAGUUCCAGAAGUCACAGAUGAUAAAUUUGGCCAAGCUGCUGGCACACCUAUUCCUUGAAAAAGGCCUUCCUAUUUCAGCACUUAAGGUGAUGAGUUUUGCUGAAAUGGACAAGGCAUGUAUUCGCUUAGUUCGACAGAUACUGCUUACAAUUCUGCUCUCUGAAGAUGUUCCUAAAUGUGAAGAAGUUUUCAGAAGGGUAGCACCAUCUGCUCAACUCCACCUCUUCCGGGAAGGGCUCCGUCUUUUCAUAAAUCAUUUUGUAGUACGUAAAGGUAGCAAGUCCCUCCCUGAGCAAGAAUUUCAAAUUCUUCAGGAACGAGCAAAAGUAGCGGAGAAAUUACUGUCAUCUACAUCUUCUAAGGUAGCGUUUUGAAGUAUCGUUUUGACAUUGACACAUCCACACAAUCGCCAUUAGAAAAAAAUAAAUUUUUUUCAAUAGAAAUUGUUGUUGACGGUUCAAGACCAAUAUGUUAAGUGUAAUCUCAGUGGUAUGGCGUGACAGUGUAAAUACCCAUGUGAAGAGAGGAAGGUAAAAGUAGUAUUUUCAAACAAAA